CUAUCUUUACUUUUUACAGACUCUUUGGUUCCUGCUCCCGUUGGCAAAUCUCGCGAUAGGAGCCCUCCGCGUCACUACGUAAUGUGCCGUGCUGCUUUUAGCGGCGCUGGUGACAGUGCUGAAAGCUGUUGGGUAUGAAGUGAAACGGAACUGAAUUUUUGUACCAUCCGCAACUGCUUCAACGUUCAGAUCACAAGAAAGAAGCCUGAAAAUCUUCAAAAAACGAAACAAGCAACGUCACAUACUGGAUCAUUUCAAGGGUUUGACCAGGGAAACAAGAAGUAAACCAAAAACCUUGUAUUGACCAAAGACAAACAUCAGGCCAGUCGACACAAGCAGAAGAGAAGCAAAUCAUAAGCCCAAGCAUACUUUGAGAAAACAACAACUGAUCUGAAACCAGAAGUUUGUGCCUACUCAACAGCUUUGACAAAGCACACGUCCCAACGCUGCUCCUAGCCCUCCUCAUCCUCCCCACACCACCAACUCACCAUUGGGGUGUGGAGUGAGCUGCUCCUUUAUUUUUCCUUCAUAGCUCCCUACUAUACCCGCCUCCUUCUCCCACUCUUUUCAUCAUAGUUUUUUUAAGCCCUGUUUUUCACUGCAUAUUUUUGCGUUCCGUUUCUCCCUCCUUUUGCUUGAUGCAAGCAUCUAGAACCCGUGCCACAGGCCUGUAACUAGUGUGUGUGUAUGCGCGCAUGUGUGAAUGUGUGUGUGUGUGUGAAGUGAUCUGCAGGAAGCGCAAAGUCCUCAAGAACCUGAGACUUCCCUUUCAAGACGACAAAGUAAAACGGUUGAUCGAACUAAACAGAAGUCGUCAUGGACCCACUAGCUGCGGAAGCCAACUCUUCAAUCAGCUAAACAACUUGAUAACUCCACUGUGAUGUUUUGCAUAGCCAAGGCCGGUCCACAAUGUCAAACAUGGAACGAGGCUCCUCCGAACCUCGCCCGUCAACCUCCAGCGCUCCUGUGUCUAUCCCCCGCUCCUCCUCGGUCUCUUGCCGUCCGCAGCCAGGAAGUAAAAAACACAAGCGGACUCCUUUGUACCAGAGAUCAAUGAGUUUUGACCCGGGCAUGCUCCACAACAACGGGCACAGCGCCUAUGCCAACGGCUCGGGGCCUGGCAUUAGAGAGACGGGCGUGAUCGAAAAGCUCCUGACCUCCUACGGUUUCAUCCAGUGCUCCGAGCGCCAGGCCCGCCUUUUCUUCCACUGCUCGCAGUACAGCAAUAUGCAGGAUCUCAAAAUCGGAGAUGAUGUUGAGUUUGAGGUGUCCUCUGACAGGCGCACUGGCAAGCCCAUAGCAGUCAAGCUGCUUAGAAUUAAGCCAGAGGUGCUGCCAGAGGAGCGCAUUUCAGGCCAGGUGGGGCCAGACCUGCACGCCUAUCCCUUUACUGUGCUGCAUGGUUAUAUUCAUCCAGUUGUUGCAUCGAUUCCUGGUAAUUUGGAUGGGAAGGCUGCACCUGGCCAAGUGCCCACUGGAAGUGUUUGCUAUGAAAGGAAUGGGGAAGUGUUCUACCUGACCUACACUGAAGACGACGUGGAGGGCAACACCCAUCUGGACACAGGUGACAAAGUGGUCUUUUAUAUGGAGACCAACAAGCACACUGGUGCGGUCAGUGCUCGCAACAUUCAACUGGUGACCAAAAAGCAAAUGAGGUGCCAGGGUGUGGUGUGCGCGACCAAGGAGGCAUUUGGAUUCAUUGAGAGGGCUGAUGUGGUGAAGGAGAUCUUUUUUCACUACAGCGAGUUUAAGGGCGAUCUGGAGGCCCUGCAGGCGGGAGAUGACGUAGAGUUCACCAUCAGAGAUCGAAACGGCAAAGAGGUGGCGACAGAAGUGAGAUUGCUCCCCCAAGGAACCGUCAUCUUUGAGGAUAUUAGCAUCGAGCAGUUUGAAGGCACCGUCGUCAAGGUCAUCCCCAAGGUCCCCACCAAAAACCAGAAUGACCCCCUUCCAGGUCGCAUCAGUGCCCGGAUUAGUUUCAAUGACAAAGAGCUGCCGUUUGGCGAGAAGGACACAAAUUCCAAGGUGACCCUUUUGGAGGGAGACCAUGUCAAGUUCAACAUUUCCACUGACAGGAGAGACAAGCUGGAAAGAGCCACCAACAUCGACAUCCUCCCAGACUCCUUUGGCAUCACUAAAGAGACUCGUGAAAUGGGUGUGAUUGCUGCAAUCCGUGACGGCUUCGGCUUCAUUAAAUGUGUGGAUCGGGACGCUCGGAUGUUCUUCCACUUCAGCGAGGUCCUGGAGGAGACUCCGCUGCACAUUUCUGAUGAAGUGGAGUUCACCGUCGUGCCCGAUAUGCUGUCGGCGCAGAGGAACCACGCAGCGCGCAUCAAGAAACUGCCCAAAGGCACGGUGUCGUUUCACACCCAGUCCGAGCAGCGCUUUAUGGGUGUGGUGCAGAGGGACGUCGCGGCAGCCGGCGCCAAAAAUGCCAGUCCCAGCAAGAGCAAAGAGAAGGAAGCUGAGGAUGGAGUGAUCGCGUAUGAGGACUGUGGCGUGAAGCUCACAGUGCCAUACCACGUGAAGGACCUGGAGGGACCUUAUCUCCCACAGGCUGGGGACAAGGUGGAGUUCUCUAUCAACGAAGUGAAAAGAAGCGGCCAGCAGAGUGCAGUCUCCAUCAGGGUUAUGAACCGCAACACCUCCAACGCCAAGCGAUUGCAGGGCUUCAUCGCCACACUCAAGGAUAACUUUGGCUUCAUUGAGACGGCCGAUCACGACCAGGAGAUCUUCUUUCACUACAGUGAAAUGAGCGGGGACCUGGAUAGUCUUGAGCUUGGCGACACAGUGGAGUACACGCUCUCAAAGGGAAAAGGCAAUAAAGUCAGUGCUGAAAGAGUGGACAAAGUGGCUGCAGUCAACGGCAUUGGUGAAGAUGUUGGUACCACAGUGAUGACUGGCAAAGUCAUCCGUCCCAUACGCAGCGUGGAUCCCUCUCAGACGGAGUACCAAGGGCUGAUAGAAGUUACAGAAGAAGGUGACGGUAGAGGCCAGACCUACCCCUUUGGAAUCAUGGGUAUGGCUAAUAAGGCCUACUGCCUACAGAAAGGAGAACCGGUGAAGUUCCAGGUUUGCACAAUAGCCCAGACUGGACAGAAAAUGGCCUGCAAUGUGGUCCCGCAGCGGUGCGCCUUGGUGGAGUCUGUCAAAGACCAGUUCGGUUUCAUCACAUACGAAGUCGGCGAGAGCAAAAGGCUGUUCUUCCACGUCAAAGAAGUGCAAGACGGCCUGGAGCUCCAGACCGGGGACGAAGUGGAGUUCUCGGUGGUCUUCAAUCAACGCACGGGAAAAUGUAGUGCCUGUAACGUGCGCAGAGUCAGUGAGGGGCCCAAACCUGUGGUCACCCCGCGCCCGGACCGUCUGGUCAACAGAUUGAAGAGCAUCACUCUGGACGACGCCAGCGCCCCGCGUCUCGUCAUCAUUCGACAGCCCCGUGGUCCGGACAAUUCAAAGGGCUUCAAUGUGGAGCGCAAGACUCGCCAGCCUGGAGUCAUUGAUUGAGUCAUGUGCUGGUAGGAAGGGGUGUGUAAAACAAAUGACCUCACCAAAUUGACCCAUAGAAAGCCUUCUGGCCAUCCUUGUCUCUAGUCUCUGUGUGUGCACGUGUGAAAUCUGACUGUGUCCCAACCUUUCCUUCUCUCCGUACUUUGGAAUUCUGCACCUGUAAAUGUCUGCCUGCAUGACUUUAGAAGCCAGGAUUUGUGUUGGUCUCCUUUAGACUGUGAGGUUUGUGACAAAUGGCAUCAAGCAAAGUUCCCUCCAUCAUUUUUGUCAUAUUUGCGACUGAGCAGUAUUCUUCUUUUUCCUCUUCUGCUCUUUUUUUGGAACAGGUUUUAAUUUACUUAACUGAUUUGUGAAAGCAAGCAAGGCGUGUGUGUGUCUUUAAGAGAUUUACUUUUACCAACCUGGAGCCUUAAAGAUAUUUGUUGUUGGUAUAUACAAGCUCCACUAAAGCAAUUGCUCCCAGGUGCAGAAUUCCUUCUUUUCUACAUUUGUUGUCUUUUUUAAUUUAAAGUCAUUGAAUAACAAGGUGCCUAAAAAACAACUGGUGAAAAAGAUCAAGAACAAUCUUAGAUGGCUUUGGUAUCUAAUAGAUGACAAUGAUAUGCACAUGUGUGCUUUUUCUUUUCCUUAGUACCAGUCAGACUUCAUAAAGCAAAACAAAUUUAACUUCAUGGGGGUGGGGGAGGAAAACAAGUAAGGUAUCGGAAGUAAAAAGAAUAUAAAGAAGAAUGAGGACAUUUAGACGGGAUAGAAAAUUAAUAAAAAGAAGAAUGAGGACAUUUGGACUGGAUGUCUGUUAGGAAGAACUCUCAGCCAUCACCACGUACAGACAUCAUGGUCUGGAAUGAAUAAACACAUUAAAAGUUUUAUGAAACUCC